AUGGCUUUACCGGUGCACCUGGAACUCAACGAAGUGCCUGACUUCAACGAACAGGAGGCAGUAGCCCGAUUAUAUAACCAGGUAGAGACCCGCUUCCAGAUAGAACGCAAGACGGUCAAUGUCCAACAGCUUCUACUCCCCUGCAAGCUUGAAUCACUACUCCUCUCACGGCGGGGAGUAAGAGGUCGGAAUGUUGAUCUUGACCUAAGCGAUAUGUUCCCGCAAAAACCUCUCUUUCAAGGUACAAGGGAAUUGUGCGACCCUCCGUCGUGGCUCGGUCCGAACAUCCAAAACGAAGAUAAGGAUGCGGAACAGUUCUCCCCAAACAUUCUCGACGUCCAUAACCUGGUCUCGGUGCUCCAAGUUACGUGCUGUUCGUCCAUAAGCCAUCGAAUGUACCAGACACAGUCAGAUGUAUCCGACCAACAACAAUGGCGUCUUGUGGAAGAAGGCCGCAGCAAACGAGAGAGGAGGUACAUUUGCCAGCACACUAUGAGGCUUAUGAGCAGCAUUUAG